UAAAACGAAGCGCUCGACACGGACGAUGCAGCCAGUCGGCAUUCGGUGGUCAUUCUGAGAAGGUGCAGUGUCGUGUUCUGCUUAUUUCGCCCAAGAUACAUACAGCAUGCGGUUUCCAGUGUUGGUGGCGGUUUUGUGCGCGGUAAUUGGAGGUACCGCUGGCCGCCAAUCGUACAGUGGCUACAAACUCUACUCCGUGGAGCAGAACAGCCAGCAGCAGGUGGACUUCCUACGCCAGCUGCAACAAUCCGCCCAGGAUCUUGACUUCUGGCAGCUUGAUCGUUUGGUUGGUUCCGAGGCACGAGUGCUGGUGCCUCCGGCACAAUUGAACUACUUCCGCCAGCUGCUGAAGGCCCAGAAGUUGCGCCACCGGGAACUGAUUCACGAUUUCGAACGUGUGCAAGAUGAUCAUCUGUACGGUACCAAACGGGUGACUCCUUCGCAGGGUCUUCCCCUGAACAAGUACCUCCGGUACAACGAAAUGAUCGACUACAUCAACACACUCGCGAAGAAGUACUCCAGCUUUGUAACCGUUGCCGAAAUUGGCAAAUCCUACGAAGGACGCCCGAUCCCGGCCGUCACCAUUCAGUCCCCGGCGCUCUACAAAUCGCACCCGAACAGCUCCAAACCGGUCGUGUUCGUCGAUGCUGGUAUUCAUGCCCGCGAAUGGGCCGCACCUGCCAUGGCGAUGUAUCUGAUCAGCGAGCUGGUGGAGAAUGCCGCCCAGCAUCAGGAUCUACUCGCCGGGCUUACCUGGACGAUCGUGCCAAUUGCCAAUCCGGACGGGUACGAGUACAGCCACGAGCGGGAACGCCUGUGGCGCAAAACGCGCCGUCCGGCCGGACGUAACUGUGUCGGCGUCGAUGGCAACCGCAACUACGACUUCCACUGGGCGGAGGUCGGUGCCUCGAAUCAGCCCUGCUCGGAUACGUACCACGGGGAGAAGUCGUUCUCCGAGCCGGAAACGCGCGCCAUCCGGGACGAGCUGCUGAGGUUGAAGGGACGCUGCAAGUUCUACCUGUCGCUGCACACGUACGGACAGUACCUGCUGUACCCGUGGGGAUGGACGUCGGAGCUGCCGGAGGACUGGCAGAAGGUCGAUGCCGUUGCGCGGGCUGGAGCACGUGCGAUUGAGCAAGCGACCGGGUCGACCUAUACGGUCGGCAGCUCCACCAAUGUGCUGUAUGCGGCCGCUGGAGGCAGUGAUGAUUACGCGUAUGCCGUCGCCGAUGUGCCGAUUUCGAUGACGAUGGAACUGCCGGGCGGUGGGUCGCAGGGCUUCAAUCCACCGCCGACGCGCAUCGAAGAGAUCGUGAAGGAAACGUUCGUGGGCGUGCGGGCGAUGGCGUUGGAGGUGGCGCGAAACUACAGCUGAGCUCGGCGCGCCGAGUAGCUGUUAUUAUUUAUCUGCUUCUACCCGAGCUCGGGUGCAAUAAAAUGAUUAGUCCGUAAAAUCCG